UUCAGUUGCAAAUGCCUCCCGAUGUUCCAUAUCGUUUUAUAUUCCUGGGAGUUGGCUUUAUUAACCUGUUACUAUGCCUUCUUCUUGAGACGUUUGUCCUGGACAGCCAUUUUAUGACUGUUACGGUACAAAAUAAGCUGGAAAGAAUUCUACCCGGGGCACGCCCAAGAUACGAAGAGGUUGAAAGCUUGCUCCAAGCCAAUAGUACGUGGCCGCCUGUGACGUCCGAGGACCUCGCCAGCACAUUCCAGCGUCUGGACAGCGCGUAUCAGUCUAGAAGCACCCUCAACGAGAUGGACAAUCUUUCAUUGUCGGGCAGCGAGUCGGGCAGUAUUCGCCUUACAGCGUCGACCGGAAAACAAAGAACUAGAUUGGACAACGGGAUUCUAUCUGGAGUGGACAAUCCGACAUAUCGCGGGGACGAACACAGCAACGAAUCGACCCGGCUGUAAUCCCUGACGUGUAGGUGACGAACACAACAAGAAG